GAGUCAUCUGCAACCAGUAGGGGGUGCUCUCCCACAAGACUGACCCCCCCUGCAAGGCUGGAGUCGAUGAGCCAGUGACCACAGACUUCUUAAGGUGACCCAGGGGUGCGGCUCAGGUCUAUGGGAACUUGGCCGGUCCGGCUUAACCCUUCCAUCUCCCACUGCCUAGUGUGAGGAGGCUGCAGAAGGUGCUGUGUGGAGGUGGUCCUCCCUCAGCCAGGGCCUGAUGAUGACACUGGCAUGGAGGGCUCCUCUGCCAUUCAAGACUGUUUAAGAGUAGAAGAGGUGGACACUGGCUGCAUGGAGUGGACAUACAAGAGUUAACUGGCAGGGUGUGACAGGGCGAACCGCCUUCAGGAAGUGUUACUCACCGCCAGGAAUGUGCACGCCUGUGCCUUGGGGGUUGGAUUGUCUUCCUGAGUCCCAGGAGAAGCUGAAGGAGCUCCCAGCCAUGGAAGACCCUGGUGAGACCGGAGAACACCCUCUGGGAGCCACCAGCCUGAACUUUGUACCUGGGCACCAACAGAAAGAAAAGCCAUCUCCAGACCCACUGUAUGACACACCUGAUGUCAGAGGGGUACAGGCAGGCGGGUCCCAACAACCAGCGCGUACUGUGAGCCUGCGGGAGCGGCUGCUGAUCACCCGGCCUGUGUGGUUACAGCUGCGGGCCAACGCUGCAGCCGCGCUGCACGUGCUGAGGACCGAGCCUCCGGGGACCUUCCUGGUGCGGAAAUCUAACACUCGCCAGUGCCAGGCUCUGUGUGUGCGGCUGCCAGAAGCUAGUGGCCCCUCUUUUGUCUCCAGCCACUAUAUCGAAGAGAGUCCUGGCGGCAUCUCUUUGGAGGGCUCAGAGCUCAUGUUCCCUGACCUUGUGCAGCUCAUCUGUGGAUACUGCUGUACCAGGGACAUUCUUCUCCUCCCUCUCCGACUCCCCAGAGCCAUUCAUCAGGCAGUCACCCACAAAGAGCUGGAGGCCAUCUCCCAUCUGGGCAUGGAGUUCUGGAGUUCCUCACUCAACACCAAGGACCAACAGAGGCCUUCGGAAGCCCCACCCAUACCCCGGCUGAAGGCUCGCUCCCCUCAAGAGCUGGAUCAGGGCACCGGUGCUGCCCUCUGCUUCUUCAACCCCCUCUUCCCCGGGGAUCUGGGCCCCACCAAACGAGAGAAAUUCAAGAGGAGUUUCAAAGUGCGUGUGUCCACAGAGACCUCCAGCCCUCUGUCUCCACCUGCUGUGCCGCCUCCCCCGGUCCCGGUGCUGCCAGGGACAUCUUCCAGCCAAACGGAAAGACUGCCCCCUCGACAGCCGCUGCAGAGGGAGAGCUCAGUGGGAUAUCGUGUGCCAGGAAGUGCUGCCGGCCCAAGUCUUCCUCCCCUACCUUCCCUUCAGGAGGUGGACUGCUGCUCUCCCAGCAGCUCAGAGGAGGAGGGCUCUUCAGGAAGCCCUACAACCUCCCCACGCCUAAGCCGCCCAAGGCACCGGCGGCCUCUGCUUCGGUCCAUGAGUUCUGCUUUCUGCUCUCUGCUGGCACCGGAGAGGCAGGUGGGCCGGGCAGCCACAAUGCUAAUGCAAAACCGAUACACAGCCGUGGGUCAGCUAGUGCAGGACCUACUGACCCAGGUUCGGGCUGGUCCGGAGCCCCGAGAGUUGCAGGGCAUCCGCCAGGCCCUGAGUCGGGCUCGGGCCAUGCUGAGCGCAGAGCUGGGCCCUGAGAAGCUGCUACCACCGGAGCAGCUGGAAUUGGUCCUGGAGAAGUCCCUGCAUCGCUCUGUUCUCAAGCCUCUUCGACCCAUUCUAGCUGCCCGCCUGCGGCACCGGCUUUCCACAGAUGGUUCCCUUGGCCGCCUAGCUGAGGGCUUCCGCCUGGCCCGGACCCAGGGACCCGGAGCCUUCGGGUCCCACCUGACCCUUUCUUGCCCAGUGGAGACAGAGCAGGUGCGCCAGAAGCUGCUGCAGCUCCUUCGUGCCUACUCGCCUAGUGCCCAGGUCAAGUGGCUCCUGCAGGCCUGCAAGUUGUUAUACACAGCCCUGAAAACCCAGGCAGGAGAGAACGCAGGCGCUGAUGAGUUCCUGCCUCUGCUGAGCCUUGUUUUGGCCCAGUGCGACCUUCCUGACCUCCUGUUAGAAGCUGAGUACAUGUCAGAGCUGCUGGAACCCACCCUGCUCACUGGAGAGGGUGGCUACUACCUGACGAGCCUCUCAGCAAGCCUGGCCUUGUUGAGUGGCCUAAGCCAGGCCCGCGCACUGCCACUCAGCCCGGCACAGGAGCUCCAGCGCUCCCUGACCCUCUGGGAACAGCGCCGCCUGCCGGCCACCCACAGCUUCCAGCAUCUCCUCCGAGUAGCCUACCAGGACCCCAGCACAGGUUGCACCUCCAAGACCCUGGCUGUGCCCCCAGGGUCUUCGAUUGCCACGUUGAGCCAACUCUGUGCUACCAAGUUCCGAGUGACCCAACCAGAUGUGUUUGGCCUCUUCCUCUACAAGGACCAGGGCUACCAUCGCCUGCCCCCUGAAGCCCUGGCCCACAGGCUUCCUGCAACUGGCUACCUCAUCUAUCGCCGGGCAGAACGCCCUGAGACCCAGGGGCCUGUAGCGGAGAAGGCAGAGACAGGCAGCAAGAGGCCAGAGGCGGGAGCAUGGGAGGAGGUGACAGGGGGUCUGAACAGUGAGGGGAAACCUCAGAUAGCUGUUGACCAAGAAGGCAAGGAUCAGGCCCCAGGAGGCCACAUAGGGCCAGAGGAACAGAAGGCGGAGGGAAGCCAGGCUUUGGUAGAGUAGCUAGGAAGAACUGAAGGGGUUCCCUGGGCCCCCGGAACCUCUGAGUCCACUCUUCCCAGCUGCCGAGCGUCCUUUACCACCCACCCACAGUUCUCUGUGGUGUCUGCCACCGCCUCUAGCCGAUCUUCAUGAGUCCACCGCUAGGGAACAGGGAGCUGGCCAUAUAGACCAGAGCAGCGUUAAGAGAGCUGGGAGACUCACAGACCCUCUGUUCAAGGUCCCUGGCUUCUGUCUCCCCAUAGCCCACAGGGAUAAAUGUGUCUGGUAAGGGGACAAUCCACCUGAUAGCCAUAGGGGCAUAGUGGGAGGGUAGUCCCAGCUUCUUUUGCCUCUCCCACUGCCCAUGGAGAGAUGCUGGAGCAUCAAGACCCUGUGCAACUCCAGUGUCUCCUAGUUUUAGGGGUCAGGGAACCAGAAGAAUGGCAGCAAAGCUCCCCAAACUAACAGAUCUUCCCAGACCUAGCCUAGCACCGGAGUGCAGAAGGGACAUGACUAAUGUUCUGCAGGGUCCUGGAGUGACCCGGGACCUACAUGGAUGGCUGGUGGCUUGGUUCACGCAGGAGAAAGAGGAAAGUUAGCAGCCAUGGCAGCCCAUAGGCAGCCUCUACCGGCAGUCCCCUCACCUGUGUCUUCUUCCCUGGCCAGUUCAGAGAUGCUUGUCACCCUGGAGGUCAGGCCGUAGGAGAGAAAGCAUCGAUGUUCCAGUCUUUUCUCACAAUCAGAAAUCUGCUGAGUAUUUCUGGGAAAUUGGACCCUGAGAAAUAAUGCACACUAGCAGGAAGAGAAGUUUCCAGAACAGAGAGAGGUGCUCCACAAACAUUGCUUUCGUACCCCACUCCUUGGGUCCUUACUAAAGCUUGAUAAUGAGGAAUGGUGUGGCUGUGAGCCCCAUGGCAGUACAGGUUAGGAAAGUCCCAAGAUGUUCCAGCGAACUAGCCCUUCAGGUCCAGGUAGCGGCCCCAGAGGGAAACCCGCUGCAAAUCUGAGCAGAGAAAAAUACCCACCAAUCGCCACAAGUGGGCGCACACAGCCCGAGAAGCUGCUGAGGGUCACCCACCCGUUUCACUCCCCCACCCUGCCCCAGCGGUGGGAGGGGUGUGGCUAAAGAGAAUUUAAGAGCCGCAGAAUGUGGACAGUCACUGGCCUCACACUCUUACAGCAGCUUAGGAAGUGCAGAGCAGAGACCCCUUGCAGUCAUAGAUUCUUAGAAAAGGAUUGUUUCCAGACCAAGGAGGACCAGAGCCAGUCUCAGAGCUGCUCUCCUGGGCCUCUGAGCACCAGGGCACCAACUUAGAUAUACAUACCAACAGGAGGUAGAAUUUCAAAUCCACAUCUAGUCAGUGUAGGGUUCCAAACUAGUCACUAGGCCACCAGUGUUCCCUGCCCACUUCUAUGCCCCUCCCUCGCAGGAGGGAGAAGUGUGUGCUAAGGGACAAGUUCAUCUGAAUAUCUAACAUCUGGCAGGGAGGGUGGCCACAGUUCUUUUGGCCUUUUCUCCACCACCCAGGAGGAGCCACACACAAGGCUGCUGGAUCUCCAAGGCUCUAAACAACUUGGCCCCUUAUUCCAUGAUAUUUCUUCCCUUCCUCCCUAAUCCUUUGUACAGGAUGGAGCACUCUGCAGGUGCUCAAUAAAUG